AUGUCAAUAAUGAUAAUGAUAUAUGUAUGCUCAUCGCGGGAACUUAACAAUCAGGUUGCUGCAAAUUGGGGUUGCUGUCUCGGAAUACAACAUCAGGUGAGACAUAGUGCGCCAGGAGGCGAUGUCGAUGCUUCUAUCAUUCCGACGCUGACGCAAGCAUCGACCAUCGGUCAAUAUCCCGAAGACAGAUUGGUGCUAAUUUUAAAUCGUUUGAAACACUGA